UUCUUUCUGAGCGGUAUGGCAGACUUUCUGUGCAGGCUGUGCCCUAUUCCCCAAAAGAUGACUUCACAAACAGUCAAGGAGCGUGGCAAAUGGGGUAGCAAAAAGGAGUUCAUUCUGUCUGUAGCUGGUGCUAUUAUUGGACUUGGAAAUGUGUGGAGAUUUCCAUAUUUAUGCUACAAGAACGGUGGUGGUGCGUUCUUCAUUCCUUACAUCCUCUUCCUCGUGGCCUGUGGCAUUCCUCUGUUUGUGCUGGAGACUGCACUGGGCCAGUACACUAGUCAGGGAGGAAUCAUGUGUUGGAGGAAGAUUUGCCCCUUGUUUGAAGGAAUGGGAUAUGCCAGCCAAAUGAUCAUUUUCUAUGGAUCUAUCAGCUACAUUGUGAUUUUAGCCUGGGCUUUUCUCUACUUUUUCUGUUCCUUCUCUGAUGAGCUGCCCUGGGCCUCCUGUAAUAACACAUGGAAUACAGAAUCUUGUAUGGUAUUGAACAACUAUAAUGCCACUGCUAACUGGACCUCGCCUAUGAAUACAUCAUCAUCUGUAACAGAGUUUUGGCAGCGACGGGUGUUAAAAAUAUCCACUGGCAUCGAGGCCUUAGGAAACGUACAGUGGGACCUUUCUUUGUGCCUUCUUCUGGCCUGGACCCUCUGCUACUUCUGUGUCUGGAAGGGAGUGAGAUCCACAGGGAAGGCUGCCUACUUCACAGCCACAUUCCCCUUUGUCAUGUUGUUCGUGCUGUUGAUCAGAGGAAUUACUCUUCCCGGAGCUUUCCAUGGUAUUAAGUACUACCUGUACCCCAACACCACACGGCUUGCUGAUCCACAGGUUUGGAUGGAUGCUGGAACCCAAAUAUUUUAUUCAUAUGCCAUAUGUUUGGGAUGCUUGACUACGCUUGGGAGCUAUAACAAGUACAACAACAACUGCUACAGAGACUCCUUCUAUCUUUGCUUCUUGAACAGUGGGACCAGCUUUGUAUCUGGCUUUGCCAUUUUCUCAGUCCUGGGCUACAUGUCAGAAAAACAGGGUGUUGACAUUCCGUCUGUUGCUGAGUCAGGCCCUGGCCUUGUGUUCAUAGUCUUCCCACAAGCUGUGACCCUUCUGCCAUGGCCUCAGGUCUGGUCCGCGUGUUUCUUUUCCAUGAUCAUCUUGUUAGGAAUAGACGGUCAGUUUGCUGGGCUUGAAAGCAUCAUGACCUCUUUAACGGAUCUCUACCCUUCCCAGAUACAAAAAGGAUAUCGCAGAGAGCUUGUUCUGCUGUUGAUAUGUGCCUUUAGUUAUGUAAUUGGCCUGUUAUUGGUGUCAGAGGCUGGCGCAUACAUUCUGCAGAUCUUUGAUCACUACGUAUGCAGCGGUCCUACUCUUCUCCUAAUGGCAAUCUUGCAGUCGGUGAUUAUUGGAUGGAUUUAUGGUGCUGAACGCUUCAGUGACAACAUUGAAGACAUGAUUGGCUACAAACCUCUAUCGCUGAUCAAAUACUGCUGGAUGUAUGGCACCCCCGUUACUUGUGGUGGCACAUUUGUGUUUUUGAUCCUGAGAUACACACCCAUGAGAUUCAACAACUCUUAUGUGUAUCCUUGGUGGGCAUACUGGAUAGGCUGGUUUCUGGCCAUGUCGUCUCUUGCAAUGAUUCCAGUGACUAUGAUCUGCAAACUGGCCAAAGAUAAAGGGACACUUUGGCAGCGUCUCAAGUCAAGCUCCCAACCAGCCAAAGACCUUCCAGUAAUGGCAAAGGAAAUGACAAGCCUCACUGCCUCACUUCACGUCCCUGAUGACGGAAAAACGACAUGCAAUAUUGUGGCAGCACUUGAAACCAGCUCCAUGAAUUGGCGAUCUUCAACAGACAUUUGGGGUUUCUCCUCAUACCCCUUCUCUGGGAAGUCAUGGUGGUACUGGGUUACAAGAAGGCUCUCAAGUUUCUCAAGUCCGAUGCCAUUUACCGAUGCCACAGGCCUACCAUAUUUAUCCACAGCUGAAGAUGAAAUAAGUGGUCCAUUUACCACCCAUCCUAAAAGAGUUCUUGCAGCAUAAGGAUCAUUACCUUGACUAUUUAUAAUUUGCCAGGGUUCCUUUGCCUUGGGAACAUCUACUCCAAUCAAGAGUUGCAUCAAUCUCUUGCAACUGUAUUUCCUUCAAGUACGGCCUGUAGAGGUCCUUUUGAGAAAGAUUGUUCUCCUUUGUCACUAGUAUCUUUUUGAGUGUAUGUUUUAGGUAAAUCAAUAAAAUUAUUUCCAUCCAAA